AUGGACUCAUCAUUUCCAGGCCAUCAUGAAACUACCACAAAACAAAAUAUGGACUCCUCAUUUCCAGGCCGUCAUGAAACUACCACAAAACAAAAUAUGGACUCCUCAUUUCCAGGCCGUCAUGAAACUACCACAAAACAAAAUAUGGACUCAUCAUUUCCAGGCAAUCACGAAACUACCACAAAACAAAAUAUGGACUCAUCAUUUCCAGGCCGUCAUGAAACUACCACAAAACAAAAUAUGGACUCAUCAUUUCCAGGCCGUCAUGGAACUACUACAAAACAAAAUAUGGACUCAUCAUUUCCAGGCCAUCAUGAAACUAUCAAAAAACAAAAUAUGGACUCAUCAUUUCCAGGCCAUCAUGAAACUACCACAAAACAAAAUAUGGACUCCUCAUUUCCAGGCCGUCAUGAAACUACCACAAAACAAAAUAUAGACUCAUCAUUUCCAGGCAAUCACGAAACU